AUGGCAUCUCUUGCACCAUCACCAACCACCACCACCACCACCGGUGGACGGUGCUUCUCCUCCUCCUCCACGUACUCUUCUUCCUUCUCUUUCAAAUCAUCUCAAGUUCCCAUAGCACGAAUCACGAACCAUCGCCAUGCAGUUUCAUGCAAAGGCGCCCAAGAUGAUGAUGACCAUCACCAUGAAAACUCCGGCAAAUUUGAUAGGAGAAACAUCUUAUUAGGUCUCGGAGGUCUUUACGGCGCCGCCACCACUUUUGGGUCAAACUCACUGGCGUAUGCAGCUCCGAUUAUGGCACCGGACCUCACAAAAUGUGGUCCAGCUGACUUACCCCAAGGGGCUGUACCUACAAACUGUUGCCCUCCAUACACCACAAAGAUUCUCGAUUUCAAACUUCCACCACCGUCAAACACCUUCCGAGUCCGUCCGGCAGCUCAUUUGGCUAAUAAAGAUUACAUAGCCAAGUUCAAUAAAGCCAUCGAGCUCAUGAAAGCACUCCCAGAUGACGAUCCUCGUAGUUUCAAGCAACAAGCUGCUGUUCAUUGUGCGUAUUGCGAUGGGGCAUACGAUCAAGUCGGUUUCCCUGAUCUUGAGCUUCAAGUCCAUGGCUCAUGGUUGUUCUUACCUUUCCACCGCUAUUACUUAUACUUCUUCGAGAAAAUUUGUGGCAAAUUAAUCAAUGAUCCAAAUUUCGCAAUCCCUUUUUGGAACUGGGAUGCACCUGAUGGCAUGAAGAUCCCUGAUAUAUACACGAAUAAGAAAUCUCCGUUGUACGAUGCUCUUCGUGAUGCGAAGCAUCAACCACCGUCUUUGAUUGAUCUUGACUACAAUGGUGACGAUGAAAAUCUUAGCCGAUCGAAACAAACCUCCACAAAUCUCACAAUUAUGUAUCGACAAAUGGUGUCUAGUUCCAAGACUGCUAGUCUUUUCAUGGGUAGUCCUUAUCGUGCAGGUGAUGAGGCUAGCCCUGGCGCUGGCUCGCUGGAGAGCAUACCACAUGGCCCGGUUCAUAUCUGGACCGGAGAUAGGAACCAGCAAAAUGGUGAAGACAUGGGUAACUUUUAUUCUGCAGCCAGAGACCCUAUUUUCUAUGCACAUCAUUCAAAUGUCGACAGAAUGUGGUCAGUUUGGAAAACUCUAGGAGGAAGAAGGAAUGAUUUUACAGAUAAAGACUGGCUUGAUUCUUCGUUCUUGUUCUACGAUGAGAACGCUGAAAUGGUUCGAGUCAAGGUGAGGGAUUGUCUCGACUCCAAGAAGCUUGGGGCUUUGAGCAAGAUCAAGAAGCUCGUUGUAGCUCGAGCCGAUGAACACAUACCCUUUGCAAAAGAUGUUUUUCCGGCGAGUCUUGAUAAGGUGAUAAAAGUGCUGGUUCCAAGGCCGAAGAAAUCCAGGAGCAAGAAACAGAAAGAGGAUGAAGAAGAAAUUUUGGUGAUAGAAGGAAUUGAAGUGAAGAGAGAUGAGUUUGCGAAGUUUGAUGUGUUUGUGAACGAUGAAGAUGACGGGAUGAGGGCCACGGCUGAUAAGACGGAGUUCGCCGGAAGUUUUUGUUAA